AGGAAGUAAAUUUGAUUAAAUUUAAAAAAAAUUAAAACAGAAAAUAGAUUGGAAAUAAUUUUCAUUUUAUGUAAUUUAUGGCAGAGAAUUAGACAAUAAACACAAUCCCACUUCAUAAGAAAACUCUUUCAAGAAUGUCUCGAGAUCCUGAUUAUUACCAGACUGUAUCACUGAAACUGUCAGAGGUGCUCAAUGAUAUUUGUGUCAAUGAAAGAAUGAUACUGAAGAGGAGGAGGAUGGCCUUGUUGAGUGAAACUAUGGUAACUAGUACACACAGAUUGCUGGGUGAGAACAUUUCAAUCUAUCAUUUUGGUAGCCAGUCUGAAGGGUCUACAACAAUAGGACUCAAAUCAGAUGCUGAUACACUCGGCUACAGCAGUGAGUGUAAUGUGAUACAGGACUGGAGUGAGUGGCAACCUGGCUGGACCAGUCUACUGAUGAUCCAGGAUGAGACCACAUCACCAGGUUAUUGUCUACUACAAUGGCUGAGGAACGAUGAGCCUCUUCCUGUUCCUACUGCUUCACUUGAUCAUAAUCCAGACAGCCGUCUUACAGUUAGCAGAGGUAAAGUGCUGCUGAAGAACACAGGUUUAAUAGAUGUUGCCUUAGCAGCAGGAUGUGUAAUAAAUGGUCCUGCAUUAAGUCAAGGAAUGCCAGGAAUUGGUGACAAUGAUAUGGUUCCAGCACACCACUGUAAAUCAUGGCCCGCAGAAGCCCAGCCAUGGUUAGUAAGACAAGGCAUAGGAAGAUGGCCUACAGAAGACAUGAAGAGAUAUUGUGAGACUACAGGAUAUUUUGUUGUAGCAGUGAGCAGUAAAAAUGGCCAGCAUGAAGAACUUGAAUGGAGAAUAUCUACUUCCCAGGCUGAAAGAUGUCUCAUGUUCAGUUUAAACAUCACACAAUUAAGAUGUUACAUUCUGAUGAAGAUGAUUCUUAAAACAUUCAUAAAUCCUAGGUGUGAUGGUGUACUUUCAAGUUUCAUGUGCAAAACUGUUUUAUUUCAUUGCAUACAGAAUACACAUUCAAAUAAGUGGGUGCAAUCUAACUUACUUGCAUGUUUGAUGUGCUGCCUUACAGUAUUGCAGAACUUUCUAAGACAAGAAAACUGUCCACAUUUUGUAAUACCUGAAAACAACCUGAUGGCUGGAAGAAUUUCUCCUCAUAACAAAGUCAGAGUUUUUGAAGUCCUACAAAAGAUCACACAAAGUAAGGGUCGAUCACUACUCGAAAUUCCCAUGGAUGACCUUGGAAUGAGACUUCAACUGAAGAUGAAUAUGGGUGAAGCUUUUCAGUAUCAUGUAACUCCAGCCCAAAUGUAUGCUAAAAUUUCAUCACGGAUGCUAGUCAAUAUUGCCAAUGGCAUAAGUGUCAUUCACAUAUACAUUUUAGUAUCAAUGCAUGAUGAAAAUAAAAUGGUGUAUGAGAGAUUAUCAGACUUUACAUUAACACUUACAAGAAUGUACAGAGCAAUGGGUUUUAACAGUUUGGAAAAGUCUGCAGUAAAACUUUUAGCACCUCUGCUUUCUUCUUCCUUAGGAUCUGUGUUAGCAUCUCACAACAUUUACACUACUCACAGUAUAUCUCCAGAAGCCCGGGGCUGGUUUUCAGUUGGUUUGAACUCAGAUGUGGCAUCUGGCAGACUGAAACUAGCAUCAGCAUUAUACUGUGUAGGAGAUAUGGAAAGAGCAGAGUUUGUUCUGAGGAAUACAGAAGGAAAAUAUGAUCUGAAUACUGUUGAAUCUGUGUGUGACUGUUGUGAACAUCCGAUGAUGUAUUACUCAAGGCAAGGUUUUGAGCAUAAAUGUUACACUGGAAUUGAAGAAAUGAUACAACAUACUAUAGCAUUUUGUGUUAGAUUUCUGCGGUGUGAAACUUGCUGUGUUCCUAAAGAGCUACAGUCUGAAAUGUUUAGAUCUACACACGAGGACAUGCUUGAAAGGGAAAUUCACGAGUGUUGGAUGGAUUGGGCAGUGGUAGAUUCUCUACCUUACCUGUACUUUCUACAAUACAAGACAUACGGAGCUCUUCAGAGAGUGGCAGACCAGCAACAUGCACUUGCAAACCUUGUCACUACCAUUGAUACAGAAUCAAAACUAGGUCACAGGGAAACAGCACUGAACUUACUGGGACAGUGUAUGGAACAGGAAAAUCGACAUAUUGAUGCUUUACGAUGCUAUAUGAUAUCCCUGAAUAUCCGACCAAGAAACAAUGCUGCAAAAUUUUUAAUCUGUAUAGUUCUCAAUGAAAUAGUUAACAGGCAGGAAAAUACACUGAACUGAACACGGUACUGCAGAAAAUGGAGUAUCUACAUGAAGCUGCUGUGCCCUGCUAUACACACUGUUGUGGCUAUUUAUAUAUAAAACUUGUAUUACAUGGUAAAUUUAGAGAACUUAAUGUUAAAAUCAAUGAAUAAAUCAAUGAAGAUUUUAUUAAUGGACAUAUAAUUUACACAAAGAAAUUUAUAUCUGCUUUUAGUACAAACAUUAAAUUGCUACAUCAAGAUAUAAAAUUAUGUACUUUGAGAAAAAACAUUAUGUUCCCCAAGAUGUUACAUAUGCUAUAAGUCAAUGAAAUCAUGUAAAAUUUUAACAUGUUCAGUAAACUCCUGUUUUAGCAAACUCAACGAGUUUCUUAUAAGCAUACAGUUAGUGCAUGUCAAAUUGUGGGAAUAUGGCCCCCCGUGAGAAAAAUAUUAAGAAAUAUAGAGACCUAUACCACAUUGUAGAUUGAAGUAAGUUCUUGUAAUUUCCCAUGUAUCUCUUUCCAGACACGUGACAGGAAAAAGUUAUGACGUCAUAAAUAUGGCGGCUUAAGAGAAAAUUAAAAAAAAUCGUAGGCUGCUGAAUAAAUACAGGUGACAACAUCUUUGAAAACUAUGUUAUGAUUGCAAAAUUGAUAUAUUUAGUGAAGGUAAUGUUUAUUCUAGCAGAUAAAACACUUUUAUGGAAAAGGAUGGAAUUCAUUAUGCUUAAAAUGAAAAAAGAAAAUAUCCAUAUAUAUAAAAAAAUGACGAAAACGACUGAAUAACUAUAUUAAGUGAGCAAAUGUCUUUUAUUGGCGCAGUUUGUUCGAUUUAAAAUAGAAAAAUAGUCUGAUAAUCUAUCACUACAAUAGUCGAUUAGCAUAAUUAUAUGUAUCUAUAUACCCCUGUUAUCAGUAUGACCGUGUCAGAUCAGCCUAAUGCCCCAACACUGUGGACAGAACUCAAAAUCAAUAGAAAAAAUAUCUGUUACAAUUUUAAAAAUGCUUUUUCUAAUGCAUUUACAGCUUGUUGUAAACUAUUUUGUAUUGCAGAUUCUCCUAUUGAAAUUGAUAAAUCCAAUCAUAAAACUGAGUUAAAGACAUCUACGAAAGGAAUCAUCAAACGAUUUCUCUAAGAAUGUUUUUGUCCAGCAUACUAGUGGUCUAAUAUGAUGUCAUCGUCGUUUAGCGCUACAGUAUAUUUACGUUUUACAGAAGAAAAUUUAUAAUACUAAAAACUACACAUUGAGACCUUUCAAUGAACAAGAUUUGGUCACUUAUCACAU